UCUUCAUUUCUCAUGUUCACAAAAAAAAGAAAUUACCAAACAAAAAAAAACUCAUAAAUCUUAAAACUACCGAAUCACUAAAAAAUAGAAGAUUUAUUUCCCUGUAACAUUUUGUUCAAAAUCCUUCAUGGCUUCCCCAAAAUUUAGACAUGAAAGGUAAAUGUUGCAAUCUUUAGCUCCAGUUCUUUAACCAAAAAACAAUAAACAAAGAUAUACGUACCUCGACGUGCAGACUAAUCCUUUAGCUAGAUACUAUUCAACAAGACAUGAAGAUGAGGCUAUAACGUUCGUGACACCAAGUAAUGUCCGCAUUUGGAUAAUAAAGGAACUCUCAACCCAAACUGACCAUUUUAACAAAAAGAUUUAAUAUUUCUUCAUUGAAACAGGUUUCUCUGAUCUGGAAUACUCGCCGUGCUUUCUCGCUGGCGAUGUUUUCGAAGCCUGGAAAAAAGCUUGACUCCUCCGAGGUGAGUACACGCGAGGCUUCCUUAAGUAAUGAUCGUAAUUUGCAUAUCUAUUAGCCCAUAGUUGCGAUGAUGUUCCUUUUUCCUUUUCUUGUGCAGACAAGUCAUCAUGUCUCAUCCUUGGGGCCAAAAGAAUCGGCUAAUCAUUCAAAUUAUCCACCGUUAGAUAUCGUUCAUCAAUCUCCACAACCACGCAAAGAGAUGCAGAAGGCACAGUUGGAUCCCAAGAAGAUGGAAAAUCUUAUAAAACCAGAGCCGGUUGGAUUCAGCAAUCACCACCGUCCAAUCCCCAGUCCGAAAAUCCCAUCUUCACCCGGUUCCAACAUGACCGAGUCACAAAUGGUCAAUACAUUAAACUUAAACACCAAACCAAACAGCAACAGUAACAGCAAUAGCAAUAUGAGCUCAAGAAGCAACAGCAUAGAGAGCACUUCCUCUAAUCCCUCUAAGCCACACACAGGUGGUGACAUAAGAUGGGACGCUGUGAAUAUGUUGACCUCUAGAGGAGUCCAGCUCGGGAUCAGCGAUUUCCGGCUUUUGAAACGUCUCGGUAAUGGAGACAUUGGAAGUGUUUUCCUCGUCGAGCUUAGAGGAACCAACACCUAUUUCGCCAUGAAAGUGAUGGACAGGGCUUCCUUGGCUAGCAGAAACAAGCUGUUGCGAGCUCAAACAGAGAGAGAGAUUUUGUCUCAGCUUGAUCACCCGUUCUUGCCCACGUUAUACUCUCACUUCGAGACCGAUAAACACUAUUGCUUGGUCAUGGAGUUUUGCGGCGGUGGCAAUCUCUAUUCCUUGAGACAGAAGCAACCUAACAAGUGCUUCACCGAAGAAGCAGCGAGAUUCUUUGCUUCCGAAGUGCUAUUGGCAUUGGAGUACUUGCACAUGCUCGGAAUCGUAUACCGAGAUUUGAAGCCGGAGAAUGUUCUGGUAAGAGACGACGGACACAUUAUGCUUUCCGAUUUCGAUUUAUCUCUCCGAUGCUCAGUCAGUCCAACUCUCGUCAAAUCCUCCUCCGUUCACGGCGGCGGCAGCGGAAGCGGUCGGCCUAUCGGGCUAAUCGACGAGGAAUCGACGGUCCAAGGCUGUGCCCAGCCGUCCACCUUCUUCCCGCGGAUCCUACAAUCCUCGAAGAAGAAUCGAAAGGCGAAAUCUGACUUCGGGCUUUUCGUCAACGGAUCCUUGCCGGAGCUCAUGGCGGAGCCAACAAACGUUAAAUCGAUGUCAUUCGUCGGGACACACGAGUAUUUAGCACCGGAGAUCAUCCGCGGAGAAGGACACGGAAGUGCCGUCGAUUGGUGGACCUUGGGAAUCUUCAUCUACGAGCUUCUCUACGGAUCGACGCCGUUUAAAGGACAAGGGAACCGCGCGACGCUCAACAACGUGAUUGGGCAGGCGCUGAGAUUCCCGGAGCUUCCUCAUGUGAGUUCGGCGGCGAGAGAUCUCAUCAAGGGACUUUUGGUCAAAGAACCACAAAAACGGAUCGCUUACAAACGAGGCGCGACGGAGAUCAAGCAGCAUCCCUUCUUCGAAGGUGUGAAUUGGGCGCUAAUCCGGAGCGCGAUGCCGCCGCAUGUACCGGAACCGGUGGAUUUGGCGUGUUACGCGAGCAAGGACAAAGAGUCUACCGGCGGCGGAAAGAAGAGCAACAAUGGUGCCGGUGGUUGUUGCAGUACUGGCGGUGGUGAUAAUAAAACUAACGGCGUUAGUACUAGUAACCCUAGUUGCCAUGAUCCUGGUUACAUUGAUUUCGAAUAUUUUUAGCAAUUGAAAAUUA